AUGGACGUUGAAGCUUUAGCUGCGUUGGCUCACCAGUACGGUGACGCUGGCCUUGGGCCUGGUUUGGCAGGCCACCGGCCAGGCUUACCUUUGCGCCGUCGCAGCCGCGCAGCUCUGCUGCGUAUGGUGGGGAAGAAACAAGAGCGGCAGAGGUUGAAAGCUGAGGCGUUCAAGCAGCAGGCAGCCCACACCAAUCGCAGUGGCCGCAAUAGAACGAAGGAUUUCUUGAUUCCCAGCAGCCUGGAGGGCAGGCGCACUGCAACGAAAGGACAAGGCAAGUGGAAACAAUGGACACCAGAUGCAGUUCUUCGAGCAGCAUUUGCAAGCGAGAACAUGGCAUCCAGGCAUGUUGCUGGCCAGGUAGAUGGCGGCAGCGCGAGCCACGCUUCAGAGUGCAGAUUCUUUGCUGCUCAGCUGGUCAUGACAGGUCAGCAGAGGGGCAUGCAAAUUGUUGUGGAGAAGGGAAAAAGGACAGGAUUGAAAUUUGCAAUGACCAACAUGAUUUUUGACGAGACUGAGCUGGAGGUGAACCUGCAAUCCUUCGGCCUCGGCGCCUGGUCCAUCCUAGCUUCUCAUGCCCAGUUGACUUUUGGUUUUUCCGAUGAGUUUCAGGAUUUCGACAUUCUUCGACUGCCUGUGGCAAUUCCCAACAAGAAGGCUUCCACCAUGUGGCCCGCGCUUUGCGCAGGUUUGGGGGGCCUUUGGCCGGGUUUGUCCACUUUGCCUGCGAAGUACAGGACGGGGAAUGUCAUCGAAAGAAUCACGAAAUUGCUGGGUGUGCUUACCGGAGCAUACGCUGUGGCAAAAACGCUUCGUUCAGGAGUCGUGGUUCGCAAACUGGUUGCCGAGGUGCGCAAUAUUUUGCAGGAGGAAAUGCAAAUACUCCAGCGGAUUCCAGAUGGCUUAGCCGAAGAAUGGGCCUUUGGCCAGGUUUGCGCGAAGCAAAUCUUGGCCUUAGUGAAGCAAGGAGAUGAGGAGCAAGGCCUGAGCGAUGUUUUGCGCAAGCAUGGCUUGGGUGCAGCCUUUGCCCCCCUUGACAGCCGCUGCCAGAGUGUUCGUGGCCUCUGGCCUGGUUCACAGGUGCUGACGGAUGACGAGGCUUUGACCAGGGUUGUACGUGAACUGAGCAGAUGCCUGGUUACUGACACCUAUGGUGGAGUUGAAGCUGUGAAGUGGGCCAGGGAUGCUUACAAUUCCCGGCACCCUAUGCAUAUGGUGUUCGACAUGGCCAAGGCUGUGCCAGGGUGCUCUGGAAGCCUUUGGCUGGGUGGCGAAAUAGCCAGUGGAGACCAAUCCUUGUUGGAGGCAAGUUUCAUCACAGUGAUCCUCCCGGCUGCUCGCAAGCCCGCGGUUGUAGAUUCAAUGAACAUCAAGGUGCUGCCCUACAUUGACGGAACAGGCCUUGUCAACGGUGAUUAUUCCCUCCGGGCAUUCUUGGACGUGGCUGAUCAAAUUGUGAAAUAUUUGAAGGCAGGUCACUCUGUGCUCAUCUGUUGUAAAAAUGGCGCCCAUCGCAGCGCAACUUUGAUUUGCGCUGUGAUUAUGCGCCUGACAGGAUGGAAGGCCCAGGAAGCUGAGGCAUACUGCAACACCUUGCGCAAUAUCCUCGACCUCAGCAGCCUUCCUCCGCCCAACGCUUCAAGACGCCGGCCUACAAAACCCAUCCACUGGCUGUGUGACAAUGAGGCGAAGAUUCUGGAAGGAGCCGAGAAUUUCGCCGCUGCAGAGAUCAUCACGCCGGUGAAAUUCAGGAAGAAAGCCAUGCAGUUGGGCUUUGAGCUGGUUGGACCUCAUGGUUCGAGACCCAAGGUGAAGGCUAUGCCACGACCAAGCCGCGAUUCUUCUGGGUAUUCUUCUUUUGAGUACAUCACCAGUGAGAAUGAUGCGGUCUCUGACCAUGGUUUUACCACACAAUCCAGCCACGAAGGUCCUUCCGUGGAGUCCUCUAAUGCUUCCUUGCCAACUCCACCAAAGAAGCAGAAGCAAGAACAUGGAGAUGGAGGCGAGGAAGGGGCUCAGCCCGAGUUUGAACUCGUGCCAGAUGAGCUCCACAGCAAAGAAGCUCGGGAAGCCAAGCUGAAAUCCUUGUGCGACGACCUGGAGAAAUUGAACUUCAAGUUGCUGAAAACUUUGCAGCCAAAGUCCCCUUCUGAGGCACCAGCCGAGACUGCAAAGAGUCCGAAGGGCGCAGCUUCGGCCUCUGGUGCCAAGGUUAAGACAACUGAUCCAGAGACAAACGCAGAUCGUGCAGACGUUGACAUGGGUCAGGAACCGUCUGAGGGAGACGCCAGUAUGGAAGAGAAGCCCGACUGGGAUGCAGACGAUGCUCCUGAUGCUGACGAGCCCAAGGACUCGGAGCCGAAGCCGUUGGACCCCGCUGCUUUUUCGAAGCAGGAUGGAGAGACCAUGGCACGCAUUGUUAACCUCCUGGAAGAGCAAAGGCUUCACCGCCAGGCUAUGUUGGCCAAGAGCUUGGAGGACGCCAACAAGGACACAUUCAAGGAACAGGUCUUCUUAACCCUGUGUGGGACUUCGCCUCUGGCGGUGUUGCCUAUGCUGGACGAGCCAGCGGUCACAGAGGCAACGAUUCUCCACUUCAAGGAUUCCAACGGCAUGACUUUGCUGCAUCAUGCUGUCAGGGUUGGAUGCUGGGAGGUGGCGGUCAAGCUGACCAACCUGAACACGCAUUUGUGCGACCAAGUUACCUCUCCUACCGGAAGACCUCAGCAAUGGACGCCCCUUAUGGUAUGCGUGGACGUAGGCAAGACCAGCAUGGAUGAAGGAACUUACAAGUUCAUGUUAAGCCACCUGCUGGAGCACAGCGCCUUGACAACGGUGGAGUGCCGGUCUGGAAACGGAUCCACUGUGUUGCACCACGCCUGUUCAAAAGGCAUGGUAUACACAACGAAGAGGAUCUUGUAUUCGAUGUACAACAAGGCCAACGGCACAGAUGCGGCCUUUGGCCUGGUUUCCGCUGUGAUCAACGAAGGCAAUGGUCGUGGACUUGGCUGUGUUGAUCUUGCACUCCGCUGCAAUGUUGAUUUGGCCAUGUACCUCCAGCAGGUGUGGAAUGGUCGCCCUUUGCAGCCUCCUCCGGAUCGCACUGACAGCCACAGGACCUGGCAAGGCCGCAACACUUGGUACAGAGGCAACCUUUGGCUCUAG